GUCACAUUUCUCCUACUCUGUUCUUAAACCAUGAAGCUCUCUCUCUUUCACACUUCUCCCGCCCUCCUCUUCAUCAUCCUUUUCCAAACUCUAAAUCCACAGCCAACAUCAGCUUAUCUCUCGACCUCAGGCCGAUGGAUCGUCAACGAGUCGGGUCAACGUGUCAAGCUCGCGUGCGCCAACUGGCCGUCUCAUUUGGCACCUGUCCUCGCCGAGGGGCUCAGCAAGAGCCCAUUGGAUGCCAUAUCAAAGUUAAUAGGCUCAAUGGGGUUCAACUGUGUUAGGCUCACUUGGCCGCUCUACCUUGUUACUAACUCCUCUUACGCCAAGCUCACCGUUCGUCAGUCCUUCCAAGGGCUCGGGCUCAAUGUAUCCCUCGAUGGAUUGACUAGAAACAACGGUUGGAUCUUGGAUAAGAUGCUCAUCGAAGCGUACCAGGCUGUGGUGGCCAAUCUUGGGAGCAACAAUAUAAUGGUAAUACUAGACAAUCACAUAACUCAGCCCGGCUGGUGCUGCGACAACAAUGACGGCAAUGGCUUCUUCUGGGACCGGUUCUUCAACCCUCACGAAUGGCUCGCUGGACUCUCUCGAAUGGCGAGACUUUUUAACGGAGUCACCAAUGUCGUCGGCAUGAGCCUAAGAAAUGAGCUCAGAGGUCCAAAACAAAACGUUCCGGUUUGGUACGAGUACAUGCCAAGGGGCGCCGAGGUAGUCCACCAAGCAAACCCCAACGUUCUCGUUAUACUCUCAGGACUCAGCUUUGAUAAUGACCUCAGCUUUCUGUCAAACCACGAAGUCAAGCUCUCGUUUUCCAGCAAGCUUGUCCACGAGGUGCACUGGUACGCGUUCUCAAAUACCGAUACUUGGAGCAAUCAGAAUGCCAAUGAUGCUUGCGGUUCUAUAACAUCCAAUAUAAUGAGGAAAGCAGGGUUCAUAUUAAGCAAGGGAACUCCGUUGUUUAUGAGCGAGUGGGGAAUCGAUCAAAGGGGAGGGAAGAGGAAUGACAACAGAUAUUCGAGCUGUGCUCUCGCAGCUUUAGCUGCAAUGGACCUUGAUUGGGCUCUUUGGGCAUUGCAAGGGAGUUAUUAUCUUAGAGAAGGCAUUCUCGAUGAGGAGGAGGUUUACGGUGCUAUGAAUUUAGAUUGGUCUGGACCCAGGAAUGCUACCUUCCUACAUAGGCUUGCUUCUAUAAAAUCUCCCUUCCAAGGUCCAGGACUCAACAAUCCACUCAACAAAGUGCUCUACCAUCCGAAAACUGGGUUGUGCAUCGUCCAGGACAGUUCAACUAAUUCGUUGCUGCAUUUAGGCCCUUGUGACUCACCGAGAGGCUGGAAAUACAAUGGUCAAAACAUCCAGCUCGUGAAUUCAGACUUGUUCAUAAAAGAAUCAGGUGCAGGCCAACCGGUGACGCUCACCAGCUUCGCUGAUAACGAUAGCUUCAAAUGGAAUCUGAUAUCAAACUCGAAAUUGCACAUCUCUUCGCAGACUAAUCUGUGCCUGGAUAUUGGCUCUGAUGGCAACACUCUCAUUACUAAUCCAUGCAACUGCAUUAGUAGAGACAAGAACUGCGAUCCUGAAGGUCAAUGGUUCAAGAUGGUUCCAAGCAACAGACCAGUGCAGUAAUGACUUGAGAAAUUAGAGGGUAGGGAUGGAAAUAAAUAAUUGUUAGAGGAGAAAAAUCAAUGAAAAUUCCGAUAAAGUAUGAUUUUUAUGUGCAUGUAUCUCAAUCUCUGUUA